AAGACGUCAUGUUAGCCCCACCCAAAACAGGAAGUGUCGCUUGGUUAGCGGCAAACCAUCAGGGGAGGGCUACGACGUAAAUAAACUCGACUUCUCUAGGACGAAACAACGCCUUUCUUGUGUUGAAGACGGUUUCUGGCUGUGGUGAACUUAGUCGUGUUCACGCCGACUACAGCUAACGGUACAUAAGUUGAGCUCCACAGCUCACUAACUCAUCUUAUUCCUCUGGGCUGCCGACUACAAGACCUUAGCAUGCCAAAGGAGGCAGACCACCUUGAGAGAGGAGGAGACAAGGAGGCGAAGGAGGAGAGGGCGCAGGAUGCUUCGGAGGAGACGGUGAGGAAGAGGGUCCGGGCAAAUACUCCGAGCCCGCACAGAGGGAUCACUCCACAAGCCAGCCCUCCCAGGUUUGUGUCUGUGGAGGAGCUGAUGGCGACGGCUAAAGGAGUCACCAACAUGACUCUGGCCCACGAAAUAGUGGUCAACCAGGCUUUUCAAGUCAAACCUGCAGAGCUUCCUGAAGGAAGUUUGGAGCGCAGAGUGAAGGAGAUUAUGCACAGAGCAUUCUGGGAUUGUUUGGAAGCUCAGUUGAAGGAGGACCCGCCGUCGUAUGACCAUGCCAUUAAGCUGCUGGCUGAGAUCAAAGAGACACUGCUGUCUUUCUUGCUGCCGGGCCAUGGACGUCUGCGGUCCCAUAUUGAGGAGGUUCUGGACCUGCCUCUAAUCCAUCAGCAGGCUGAGAAUGGAGCACUUGACAUUGGUCGAUUGUCCCAGUUCAUUGUUGGGAUGAUGGGCUCACUGUGCGCCCCCUGCAGGGACCAGGACAUCAAUAAGCUGAAGGAGAUUGCCGAUAUUGUGCCUUUGCUCAAGGCCAUAUUCUCCACAUUGGACCUGAUGAAGAUGGACAUGGCUAACUUUGCAGUUAGCAGCAUCAGGCCUCAUCUGAUGCAGCAGUCAGCUGAGUAUGAAAGGAACAAGUUCCAGGAGUUUCUGGAAAAACAACCCAAUGCCUUAGACUACACUGAGAAGUGGCUUGAGGACACAGUUAGAUGCCUGAGAGAGGCUGGGACGGAUGGUUCUAGUGCUGCCUCAUCUCACCCUCCUUCACUCCUCCCCCUUAAUGUUCAUAAUCAUGCCUAUCUGCGCCUGCUGAGGUGGGACCACGCCUCGGACCCCUUCCCAGAGACAGUGAUGAUGGAUCAGGUUCGGUUCCAGGAGAUGCAGCAGGAGGCUGAGCAGUUAGUGUUGCUCUCCUCUGUGCUCCUCAUCGUCUACACUACCACAGGAGAGGCCAUCUCAGGCCUGCCGGGGCUGAUGGAGACCCUUAAAAACACUGUCAACAUCAUGCUUGCAGACAUGCACACACCGUCUUUUAGUGCACAGGAUGCCUUAGCAACCAUUGGGGAGAAACUGUGUGUUGAGCUGAGUCAGUGUCUAAGCCAGCAUGGCUACUCUCCAUUCUCUGCUGACCGAAAGAGCACGCUGAAGGGGCAAAUCUUAGCCACCAUCCAGCCAGACAACACAGUCCGCAAGCUGAUGGACUCUCGGGUUCAGACCUACCUCCUGGCUUCCCUGGAGUCCAGUAAACAUAAGACCCCUCCUCCUCUCCCAGGAGGUCUGGCUCCAGUCAGCAGGGAGCUGAAAGAGCUUGCUGUUCGCUUCAGCCGCCUCGUCAAUUUCAACAAGCUGGUCUUCUCCCCGUUCUACCAAAAGGUUCUCCAGACAAUCCUGACACCAGAGGAGUGUUCCAGCACAGAGACGUAAACACUACACAGUAGAGUAGGCGGGAUGUGGAGAGUGGUCUGUAGUUUUGCAAUUUCCCCUCAUGACUAACGGUUAAGUUCUAGAGAAAGGAGUUGAGGAAGCUGAUCUGUAUUCAGUGGGUAAAGCCAGCCUCCCGGAGUGUGCACCUCGAACAAACAUAAUCAAAAAACACUGGCUUCCACCUCAGUUGCAUUAAUUCACAGUGUUGCUUAUGUGAUAAAAUCUCAGGCCUCAUAAUUGUGACCUUACAAUGGCCAUAUUCUCUUCUGUUCAGUAUUACUAGCAGGGUUGAGUAUCAUUUGAAAUAGUUUGAUAGCCAAACCAAUACAAUAAAUGUGUUUUAGUACCAGAACUAGAACAAUGAUUACAGUUACCAUACAGUCACUGAAUAUAAACACAUUUCUAUCUACAAAACCUACAAAAGAGCAGUAGCGAAGUGCAGUACAGAAUCUAAUUAGAGAUGGAGUCAACAAGUUGAAAGAUCAUGGCCUGUAUUUAUUAAGGAAAUAGGAAAUCAGUCCUUACUGGGACUCUGAUUCUCAGAGUGAUGCAUAUUUGAUCCUGCUUAGCCUUAAGUAAGUAAGCCUAGGAGUAAUUUCAUCAAUUGUUAAUCUGUGUCAUAAACUGUUAUCAGGAGAUGGCCGUCAGACAUGCGGGCACAUUUUGUGAGAGAUGUGUUAUUAAAAGACACUGUUUUGAUAAAAACUGAAUAAUCUUUGUGAUUAGCCUUGUGUUGGAUGCAAAUCAAAACACGUGCUGCUUUUGAUGUGGCUCAUACAUAUGAGAGGCCACAAUAUGUUCAUAUUGUUAUGAGACAUAACAUUUUCCCUAAUUUACAAGUUAGUUGGAGUUGAAAUUGAAAUUAGACAUUGACAUUUGACAUUUUUGCCGUGUUUGUAACCUUGCACAUUAUUAAAUCACAACAAGGUACUAGGCUUGUAAAAUUAUCUAUGGAUUUGGUUGUCAUGGUUUAUUUCAUGCAGCUGGGGCAAAUUGCCCUCUAUUUUAAAUUGUAUAUAUACAUUUAAGUCAUGGCUCGCCAAUUAUUACUGACAGCCCAAUGCAAAUGGUGUAAGUGUUGUAAACCUCUCCCUUUGCCAUGUUGUGAAAACCUUGGUUUCUGCACGGAUGUGUUCUCCUUUGCAUCACCCACAAGGCACAAAUAUAUGAAAGUUUUGUCAAAAUUGUAUCCUAUAAGCUCAUUGUCAUCAAGCAUCCCCAAUUCAUCUCUCCUCCCACAGUAAGUGCGUGCAUGUCUCUGCCUGACCUGCAUCUCCUGUCAGCUCCUAACAGGUUAGGACACCUUUGGAGCUCUCUGAAAUAUUCCUUAUUUUCUACUUUAAGAAAGUUGAAAAAAACAAAAAACAAGACUAAAUAGGCAUUCCUCAUCAAAUAUUUGGUCCAGAUUGAUUUCCUGCUGUGAGAUGCUUAAUAAAUAAGGACCAUGACCAAGUACUCAGUAACAGCUUUCAGUAUAUGACAGUUUUCAAACUCAGUGGUACUGACGGUUCAGUUGAUACUAAACGGUUAGGCAGCUGUACAGCACACACAAGUAAAAGAACAUGUAAAAGACAGAUGACUGCAUGCUGUUUUUUACACUGAAAUAGUUGGGAAAUACAGUGGAUACAGAAUCUUAACACCUUUUUACUGAACUUUCUUAUUAAUACCCUUCAAAUGAAAUUAGUCUUAUCAGUUUUGUUUGGCUAGAGCAGUGGUUCCCAACCAAGGAGUCAGGGGUCACUAAAGGAAUCACUUCAACACUGACUGAAAAAAACAAAAAAAAACACAUUUUUUCUGACUUAUCUCAAAUGCUUGUUUUUUUUCCUGUGUGAUACUAGAUAAUUCAGUCCUCUCAAAACAUAAGAUUAGAUAAAUUAAGAUUUGAUACAUUCUUACUGUUAAGGAGGAAUAAAAUAACCGCAUGGAAUGUCCGUCUCUGGCUAAUGCAGCGACUUUAAUACAUGACAAAUCAAUGUAUUUCAUUACACUGAUGCAGAAAUCAUUGCCAUAAUAUAGUCCAGCUCACUGAAUUGCAACAAAGCCCACAAUGACUCAACAUACCCAGAGAAAAACUGCAUGGCAAAAUCUCAACCGCUUAUAAAACAAAAAUAUGAGACUAACCAUUUCAUUUUUUUUUUUUAACUCAGGCCAUUUCACAGCAGAAAAAAGGUGCGUAGACGUGUAAUAUCCAUUGUAUCUGCACAAAAGAAGGUUCUUAUCAGAUACUGUUCAGUAUGAGACUAGAUUAGACGAACAUGAUCAGAAUACAUUCAUGCUGUACUGAAGGGAAACCAGACUGGUGUUGUGGACCAACUUGAAUGAACUGUUGCUUUUAAUUGUUACUUGCUUAUUAAAUUAAGUUAACUUAUUUAUAUAACAUUUAUGAUGGUUUAUAAUAUGUUUUAGAAUGUUUACUGUUGACAAGCACCUUGCCUUGCUGUUGAGUCUGAUGUUUCUCAUACAUAUUUUACACUCUACAGCCUGUUAGAUUCAACUUACCACAGAGUAAUUAGAGUGGUUGUAAUGUUUCUUCACUCCUCCAGGCAUCAUAUGUUCCACAAAUUAAGGACACAUGUUCGUUGACUAAUCACAUCAAUUACACUGUUAUUUGUCUUUGAAUGUUCAUCCAACAUGUCAAUAAAGCAUUGUUUGUCCCGCA